UGUUGUUGGGACUGUUGAAUUGAAUGGAAGCAAUCAAACAAACAAACAAACAAACAAGUAUACAAACAAUUAAACAUAUGAUGAUCAUCUUAACAAACAAACAUUGUAUUAUUAUUAACUGUAUUAUAUUAUGGUUGUAGUAAGGCUUUGAACGGACUAAGAAGACUCACCACUCAUUGUAGCGCGUGCGUUACAUUUUAAAUUUAAAACCUUCAUAAUAUCGUACAUUCUUGUCUAACACACAUGUGAUCAACGAAUCAACAAACUGCAUAUACAACACAACAAUCAUCUAUCUAUCUAUUUGUGUUAUAACAAUGUGUUCUUGGAAAAAUUCAUAAAAAAUCUACCAUCAUUGUUUUUAAAAGAAAAGUGUUUAACAAAAAGUUGUUUAUAUUACAACAAUGUCGUGCUUUAAUAAUAGUGUUAGUGUUAAAGUGAAUUUAAUUUUUAUAAUUGGUGCAUUGUUGUUAGUUGGUGCACAGUGGUCUAAUUGUUUUAAUGUUGACAUAGAACAUUUUACAAAACAUCAUGGACCUUCGAAUUCUAUGUUUGGUUUCAGUGUUGCUUUACAUCGGUUUAAUGGUGCUAGUUGGGUUAUUGUGGGAGCACCAGAAGCUGAAACGACACAGCCAGGGGUGGUUCGUGGUGGUGCAGUGUAUAGGUGUAGUGUUGUAAGUGAAUCUUGCCAGGAGUUACCAUUCGACAGAAAAGGACAUAAUAAUAAUUCACAAGAUUUACAAAUUGAUAUUAAAUCAAGACAAUGGUUUGGAGCAACUGUAAAUAGUGCUGGAAUUGAUGGUCCUGUUGUGGCAUGUGCUCCUCGAUAUGUUUGGUUUUCAACUUCACUACAACGACGUGAUCCUGUUGGAACUUGUUACGUAGCAACUGGCGAUUUUGCAACCUAUGCUGAGUACUCCCCUUGCCGAACGCGACAAUGGGGCUACCAUCGACAAGGAUCUUGUCAAGCAGGUCUAGGUGCUGCAUUAGCUCAGGAUGGCCAUAGAUUAUUUAUUGGAGCGCCAGGAAGCUGGUAUUGGCAAGGACAAUUAUAUUCCAUAAAACCAACAGUUUUCUUACCAUUUAUUCCACCAAGAUAUAAACCAUACGGCGAAGGACAACUGUUUGGUCAAAACUUAGAUAGUCGUAAGAAUGUGUACCAAACAGCAGAAGGUCCAGCACAAGAUGACGAUUCAUAUUUAGGAUAUUCAGUGGCUGCAGGUGUUUUUGGUGAUGAUGCUGAAGAAGGUGUAGCUGUUGGGAUGCCACGUGGAGCUGGCCUUUAUGGCAAAGUGUUAUUAUUUACGUGGGAUAUGGAGAAUCUACAAAAUAUCACUGGUGAACAAUUGGGUGCAUAUUUCGGAUAUGCGAUCGCUGUUGCCGAUGUUGAUGGUGAUGAUGCUGACGAUUUAAUCAUUGGUGCACCAAUGUAUACUGAUUUGGCAAACAAUGAAGGCAAAUACGAAACCGGUCGAGUUUAUGUGAUCUAUCGAGAAUCCGAUGAGGGACUCUAUCGUAAGAUUGAUAAAUUAGAUGGUUUGAAUUCAAAAGCACGCUUUGGCUUAGCGUUGACACGCCUUGGUGAUAUUAAUUUGGAUACAUAUGGUGAUUUUGCUGUGGGUGCACCGUAUGAUGGUGAAUAUGGUCAAGGCGCAGUGUAUAUUUAUCAUGGAUCUGCUAAAGGUGUACGCGAAAAACCAUCACAGGUUAUAUUUGCUCAACAAUUAGGGGAUCCAUCUUUACAAACAUUUGGUUUUUCACUUUCUGGUGGUAUCGAUGUUGAUAAUAAUGAAUAUCCAGAUCUUGUGGUUGGUGCAUACGAAUCAAAUCGUGCAUUAUUAUUUAGGUCUCGUCCAGUUGUGAAAAUGGACGCUGUAGUAUCAUUCAAUGCCCAAAAUAAACAAAUCAAUAUCGAAGAAAGAAAUUGUACAAUUCGAAGACUUAAUGAGAAAGUUGCUUGUACAUCAAUAAACGUAUGUAUGGAAUUUAAAGGAAUUGGAGUUCAAAAUAUGAUUACACUCAAUGUUCAAUAUGUUUUGGAUUCAAAAAAAUUAAAAAAUCCUAGAAUGUUUUUCUUACCAAACGAGAAUAAUAUUGUAAACGAAACAAUUACAUUGGAACAUUCGAAAAAAUACUGCAAAAGUAUGGAUGUCUUCGUUAAGAAUGGAGUCCGAGAUAAGUUGACACCUUUAGAAGCUGAAAUGCGUUACAGUUUAUACACAGAUCGACGUGAACGUAAUCAAUACUUCCAAUACGAUCGUGAGCGUGAAUUAACACCUGUAUUAGAUGAUAGUACAGGUUUACUCGCAAAAGACUCCAUCAGUAUACAAAAGAACUGUGGGCCAGAUAAUAUUUGUAUACCUGACUUAAGAUUAAUUGCAUCACCAAGUGUCAAUAAGUUCGUGUUGGGCUCAAAUGAAAAAUUAAAAAUCGAUGUGGAAGUUCAAAAUGAGGGUGAAGAUGCUUUUGAGGCAAUGUUUAACAUGAAAAUACCUGAAGGUGUUAAUUUUACAAAGAUUGAACGUUUGGAUUCAUCAAAAGCUGAUAUCCCAGUAACAUGUUCUGCUCCUUCAUCAGCAAAUAACCGAACACUCAAAUGUGAUAUUGGAAAUCCUUUGCCACGAGAUAAACUUGUUCAUUUCAAUGUUGUUUUAGAAUUAGAAACCAAACCAAGUUAUGACUUCUACAUUAACGUAAAUUCAACAAAUCCCGAAAAUAAUAAUUCCGUAUCGGAUAAUUUCAAACAUAUUUCAGUUGGUAUUUUAGUUGAAACUCAUUUCAGUAUUGAUGGUACUUCUAGGAAUCAAGAAAUACUAUUCAAUAGUAGUCAAUACACAGAUACUGUUGUUACUGAAGAAAGCCAACUUGGACCACAAGUCAUCCACAUUUAUACUAUUCGGAAUAAUGGUCCAUCGGAUAUUGAAGAAGCCGAACUAUUCUUUGUUUGGCCAAUGAAAACAUUUGAUGAUGAAACAUUGCUUUAUAUGUUGGAUGAACCAGAAACUGCUGGGCCCAUUAGAUGUGAUUACAAUGAAUUCAUAAAUGAGAAAAAUUUGAAAUUAGAAGGAAGAAAAUCCUAUUUAGAAAGUAAUGGAAUUUUGACUGGGGCACUAACUAGUUCAUUCUCUCGUCAAGUGGGAUCCUCUGGUAUCCGAUUUGAGGAUAAAAUAACAGAUGGAUCCCGAAAAGUUACUGGAACAGCCAGUGGAAAUAGAAUUCUAACUCCCGAGGAAAGACGACGUUUAGACGAGGAUGAAUUCAGAGAGGACUCUGGUGAUGCUUCUUUACAUCAUAUCGAACGAAAUAAACAAAAAGUAUCUAGCAGUGGAGGAACAGUAGUAAAUGAUAGUUAUUAUAGAUCUACCAGUGGCUCUAGGGGAUCUCACACAGAAAGUGGUAGCCAUCAAAGUCAAGGUGGCCGUGGAUUUAUUUCAGAAAAUAAUUAUGGAACUCAAUCUGGUACAAAUAAUGCUCAAGGUGGACAAGAAAAUUAUAUUUCAUCCAGUGGUGGGCAAAGAAUCCACGGUGGGGGCUAUGUUCAAGGUGGAACUCAACGUUACAACACUGGUGGGGGUUAUCAAGUUGGAUCGAAUGCACAAGGUGGUCGUGAAUCUCAUCACAUUACAACUAGUGGAAGUGAAUCGUCACAAGGGCAUAGAGGAAGUGGAGUGUCUGGUGGAAAAGUGAUCACGCAUACGUACGAGACGAGAUGGAAUUCUAGUCAAAUAAACGGUGGUCCGAUACAGAAUACAACAUGGAGUCGUAAUUGGACUACAGGCCCCGAUGGCGUAAUACGCCAUUCUGAGGUACAAUCUGGAGGCCAUUCUGGAGGUCAUGCUAAUUUUGGAGUUGGUUCAUCAGACAUAAGACAUUCAAUCUACUAUUCGUCGUCUCGAGCGGGCUCUAAAUCUGGUAGUGGAACAGCAACAUCUUCGCAAACUGGGAGUGCAUCGAAUGUUGAAAAUUCUAAAUGGAAUAAUAAUUUAGAUAGAAGUGGAGCUAAUACUCAAAAUGUAUACGUGGAAACAUCCACUUGGUCAGGUCGCUCCAAAGAUGGAAAAAUUCAAUGGUCUGGUAGCUCAACGUCAUCUCAUCAUGAAUCUCCUGGCAGUUCAGGAAGUGGGUUAGCAAUUAAUGCAGGUGGUCGACAAAUUGGAUCGUCUUCUAAUACUGGUACAGAGUACCAGUCUGGCUCUGGUGGUGCUUCUGGAAAAGUAGAAUAUCAUAAAGAGACACAGUGGUCUGGUUUUCCUCAAAAUACUUAUCAAUCUGGACGUACUGGACAAUCCAGUACUUCUAAUUCUGGAAAUCAAAAUCAAUGGUCGUCGGGAGGAGUACAGAGCGGGCAAUGGUCUGGUAGUGGUCAACAUCAAGAAGGAUCUGUUCGUGUAGAAUCCGGAGAGUAUCAUUCGAAAGAUUUUGAAGAAGAAGCUUCCAAAAAGAGAAAUUUAACUGCUGGUCAUUUUCAAUGGAAUGGGCAGACAAGGGGAAGAGACGGAAGAGAAUAUCAAGGACAAAUUUGGACAGAAGAACAAGUUAAUGCCAAUUUAGGGCCUGGAAUUUCAUCUGGUACAUAUAGUUCAGAAGGAGGCACAUCUGGCGAAAUAGGUAUUGAUAAUUCAAGAAAAGAACAUCGCACUAGCAGUAGCACAUCCAGUGAAAGAGGAUUUAGCAACUCAAGAAACCAGCAUCGAAACUCUGGGGGUGAAAUCAGUGUUGCUGGUGGAUCAACAAUUAACACAUUAAACAGACAGGGAAGUCAUUCGCAAUCAGGAGGACGAAAUCGUAGCACAUACGGUGUUUAUAAUCAACGUGAAUACGACCCCAAUCUAGGUUUAGGAAAUGCUGCCUUAGGUGGUGGAUUUAGAACACAAACCUUAGAUUUAGGGAUUCUAGGUUCUACUGGAACUGCAAAAGCAAACACUCAAACUACAAAUACCGGUGGAAGUCGUGAUUAUAAUCAAAAUUCCGGAGGUUCGAUUCAAUAUGGUCAAAGUUAUAGUGGAAACAGUGGCGAACGAAUAGAACAAUCUGGUGAAUAUGAUCCCGAUUUAGGAUAUGUUCGAACUAGUCAUAGAAGUAAUCAAGGGGGAAACUCCCAACAAGAGAGAAGUCAAUCCUCUAGCACAAGCUAUAUUUCAAGUUCGAGUCAUAAGCGUGAAGGUGCGGAUUUUUACUCUAGUGGUCAACACUUCGAUUCCAAUAAAAACCCAACAAAUUACGGUCAACAUAGUUCAAGACAGUAUUCUUAUAGUAAAGAGUAUUCAUAUGGAGACAAUCCAACGAAUCGCAAUCGAAGAUCAAAACGACAAAUAAGUAACGAAUACGAUAACGAUGAAUAUUUGAAACAAGCUUUAUCAUGCAAAGCAACACAAUGUGCGGUAAUGCGAUGUGUAGUUAGUCCACUUAUGUUCGAAGAUAACAAUCGAGAGGCCUGGAUUGUUUUCAGGGGUCGAGCCAAUGCAACAACUAUUCGAAAGUUGGGUGGAAGUAAUCCCGUUAUAUUAUCGACAAUGAUGGUGGCACGUGUAUCAAAACUACCAUAUAUUGGAAAACCAGACGACCAACCAAUCAAAAGUCAUGAAGUAUUCACUACAAUUGUAUCUAAGGAUAUCGACACUGAACCCGAUGUUGUUCCUUUGUGGGUUGUAGUAUUAUCUGCCGUGGCUGGAGCAUUGAUAUUAUUAUUAUUAAUUUAUUUAUUAUAUGUGAUGGGCUUCUUCAAACGUAACCGACCAAAUGAUGCACCAGAACGUCAACCAUUAAAUCGUAACGGGCAUUAUCAAAAUGGUGAUGAACAACUUUGAUAUCGUAUAGAUCCAGAAUCGAAUAGUACUACUACUGCCAUUCAAAAAUACUAAUAAAAAAGUGUUCUUAAAAAUAAUAAAGUUUUAGUGU